GCCCCCGCGCCGCACGUCACCGCGGCCCCUCGGCGCGGCCCAGGGGCCUCCCAGAUGCCUGGAGCAGAAAGAAGGCGCUGGUGGCCGGCAUCACCCCGGGGCAAGAGCUGAGGACAAAGCACUGAAGAAAGCCUGGCUCCAAACCCCGCCGUGCAUCAGCGCUGGAGGCCCGCCCAGGCCCAGAUCAGUGGAGGGCAGCUACGGGGAAUGAGGUCAAGUUCUGUCUAGUUGCACGGUGUCUUUUCACGCAGGGCACCAGAGAUACCUUUCCGAGUUAAGUGGGUCAAGCCAUGGUGUCAGAAUCACAGUAGAUCCCCGGCAAGUCCCCCCAAGGUGUCUUUCCAGAAUGCUCAGAGGCUCCUCUCAAGUUUCCUUGCGAUGCAGUCCUCCUGAGGGUGUUGCCUACAAAGGGCCCGGAUUCCUCCUUUUCACCACGGAGUUCGAUAAGGGAUCCCGAAACCCAACAACUGAAAAAGUCAGUUAGCGCACUUAGCAUAAGGCAGCGGGCAGCUGUCCGCGCCACGCGAGUUCUGGCUCAGAGAGGCCCAGUGUGCAGGAGCCCAGGAGGGGAGUUUGCGGCCAGGGAUGAGUGGCCGCGUGCCACUGGCGGAGAAGGCCCUGUCUGAGAGCUAUGCCCGGCUCCGGUACCGGGACACCUCCUUGCUCAUCUGGCAGCAGCAGCAGCAGAAGCUGGAAUCUGUGCCCCCUGGGACAUACCUGAGCAGGAGCCGAAGCAUGUGGUACUCCCAGCACGGAAACGAGGCCAUCCUGGUCCGGGACAGAAACAAGCUUGAGGUCUCCCGGGACACGGGCCAGUCCAAGUUUUGUACGGUCAUGUAAUUCCAGCCCGAAGACCGGGGCCCAGGCACCAGGCUGGGGGGGAGAGCAGGCCACGUGUCGUUCAGGGGCCUUGCUGAUUUCCAGUCCUUGCUGGGAGAUGGCGAACAGUGAGCGCGAAGACGAAGCCGGGCCGGUGGCGCCCAAGCCCCCCUCUCACGGGAUCGAGCGACUGGCGGACCUGGCCUCUGGACCCGGUGCCUGGUCCGCUGGCACUGCGGGCACAGCCCAGGCCGGGGCACGGCCAGACGCUGCUUUUCUCUGACGCUUCCAAACGAACCAAGCAAGGGGGACUCCCUGGCUACAAACCACCUUUUCAAAACUUUCUAGGCUGUCGUUAGCAUUCCCCCUUCUGCCUGGUCUGGAGACAGAUCUAGAAAAAGGUGGAGGAGUUAGCGCCACGUAUGGGCAGGCAGCGUCUGCGGGGGGCAGGCUGGAUUCCGAGGCCAGCGGCGGCACCGCGGCAGGGACUGACGCCGCGCGUCUUGUUCCAAGAUGGGCAUCGCGUGCAAGGCGCGGGGCAGCUUCCGCACCAGCUGCCGAGUACGUCCCAACACAGGGCGGAAGCCCAGAACUGCUGGGCUGGAAUCGCGUGGCUGGAAAAGGCCGGUGCGGCUUCGCAGUGCGCCACCUCUGUGGGGCCGGGCGCGUGCCGCGGGAGGCAUUUUCAAAGGCUUUGCCGUCUGCUGUGACCGAAGGCUGUGAGGCUAUGCAGCUGUGGGAAUCUUUUGUCAAGCUGGUUUUUCUAAAUAAAUACCCUUUGGGACACUC